CCAAAACCUACCGUAGAUUUUGAAUAUUUUAAUAUGGGAACACCAUUGUGAACAAACGCCAUGUUUAUUUCUUUACCGUCAAUUCGUUGCCGCGUUUCUGUGAAAAGGCUGUGAGCAGUUGGAAUUAUCGGAAUACAUUAGGUAUUGCAGCGGCGUUCAUAGAAAAUGGGAAAAAAAGUAAGAGAAUACCAAGCUGGGGACUUUAUCUUCGCUAAAGUAAAAGGCUACCCAGCAUGGCCGGCCAGGGUGCACAAGCCAAAUGGAAAGAAAUAUUUAGUAUAUUUCUAUGGCACGGGAGAAACUGCAAAUCUCUCCCCAAAUAUGAUAUUUGACUAUGCAGAGAACAAAGACAAGUUUUUGACUAAAACCGUGAAACGACGGGACUUCAACGACGGUGUGAAGCAGAUUGAGCAUGAUUUCGCUAAUAAUGUACCUUUGGAACAAGUUAUUGGGAUUGGUGCUGAGGUACCACCAGCUGAAUCUUCGACUCUGGAAGCGAAUGACUCUGUUGCUAAUGACACUUUGGACGAAACUGCCAUGGACACCACUGCCGCUGAUGAAACUAUGGCUGAAGAACCAACCCUAAACACGACUCAAAAUGACGCUGCAGUGGAAGAUUCAGAUGACACAGGCAACCUCGUCAUCGAUGAAGGCAAGCAAAAACAACAACCUAAAAAGGUUAAGCCGGAGACCAAAGCCAAAGAGACUCCGGUGAAACCGGUGAAGGAGCCAAAGACUCCUCGGGGCAAAGGGAAGAAGGAGGAGCCAGCUAAAGAUGAUGACGAGGAGAAGAAAGAGGAAGAAAUCGUCAGCAGAAGUGGGCGGAAGAUACGACCGAAAAGGUAUAUAGACGAACAAACAGAAGAUAAUGCGACACUACCAUCUCCGGCUCCGAAGAAGCGGCGUGGCGCGUCCCCGGCACCGACACCAGACAAAGAGAAGGAGAAGGAGAAGGCUGAGCCCAAGGAGAAAGUACCGGACAAGAAUAUUAAACAGUUCAAUGCUGUUACACAGUCUGAACUUGAGGACCUGAAAGAGCCGUUUAAGUCAGAGGAUGCAGAGAAAGAGAACAUACUAAUAGCUUACCUACCAUCGGGGCGGUAUGUUGGGAUCAAGCUCUUCCAGUCAAGGCCUAGCAGCUUUAAGAAUGAGGCUUCAAGGCUGCAGUGGGACAAACAGGCUGCUACUAAUGCUGUUACAUUGAAAAUGCAGUUAGAAAAAGGUCACAUAUCAUAUAACUCGGUCGUGGCGCAGCUGGUGACGGAUCUGAACCUCACUGACGAAGAGAAGGCAACGCUCGACAAAGAAAGGGAAACUGAAGAGAAGAAAUCUCGAGUACAGUUCUUGAAGACUGAGAUGAAGAUGAUAGAAUUGGACGCGAAGAUAAAGACUUGCCUGUCCUUGGAGAAGGCAGACACUGAUAUGUGUUUGAAACUCCUCGACGACUUGUUGGCCCUAGACAUAAAACCACUAAUGCUGUUAAAACACCCUACCUGCCUGGAGACUAUCAAACGGAUGCGCGCAUACGUCGGCAACACACCGUCCUGGGAACUGUCGGAGAGCGCCGCGCUUGUAUUCACCAAACAAGCACACAAGAUCAGGAAACAGGCUGAUGCUGUUUAUAAGAAGAUGAGGGAUCUAUUCACACCAUUGGAAGGCCUGUCUUUCUGGGAAUAUUUCACGAACCGUGUGAUGAGGUUCAAGAAGGCCACCGGCAACCUCAGCGCUGACGAACUACUGGAAUUAAUACACGAACCUUUCAUAAUGUCCGAGGCAUCAUCGUUAGAUAUGAAGGAGGCAGUCGACACGGCGAACGAAACUGAACAGAAAGAACUAUUGCAGCCCGACGGAGAGGACAAAAAUAAGAAGAAAACCACACCAGCAAAAGCAAAGAAAUCAUCAUCAGCAAACAACGUAUCAAAAACACCAGUAAAGAGACAAUCCUCAAGAAAACUACAAGACGAGAAAGAAAAAGAGAAAGAGAAGGAAAAAGACUCGGAAACGACAGAAGCAGAACCCACCACAACUGUUACAGAAGCGACAGAGGCAACAACCACGCCAGAAGAACAAGAAGAGACGACGAAACCACAAGAGGACAUACAGAAUGUAGAAGAACGUGAAAAGACACCAGAGAAGACAGCGGAAGUGGUAGAAAGUGAGAAAGAAAAAGAAGUUUCUGGGGAGAAUGGAGAUUUGGGCAAUGGUGAGAAAGUUGAAGAAGAAUUUGAGAAGGAAAAGGCAAAAGAAAAAGAAGAGGUCGGUGAGCCCAGAGCGAAGCGAUCGAGAGAGAACAAGAAGACUGAGCCCCCUCCACCAAGGUCACCGGCAAAGCGAAAGUCGAAAGUUUAAUAUAAUUGUUUUUAUAUACUUUAAAUACACAAGGAACGUCGGAUUUUAUUUUUAUACUGGCGAACAUAGUCGUCUGAGCGAUGUGGAUGCAUUUCUAUAUUGUUAAAGUUAAAUAAUGCUCGUUCUACCAUUUACGAGGAUGCCCGAUUAGUUUCGGGCUCGAUCGGAGCCCUUAGUCAUGAUGUGAUGUUGUGCUGUGUACUAAGCUUGAAGCUUAGUUAUUAGACAGAUAAAUGACUUAUAUGGGAAUUGAAUUUCGGUCUCUGUUCAAGUGAACUAUUUUGUUACUUUUAAAAUUGUAUAAAAAAUAUUGUAUGUAGUAUUUAGUUAUGUAUUUAGACUAUCAGUGAUUAACGAACACAAUAGAAUGAUUAUCUAAUUUGAUGCAGACAUUUGGGAGAUUUGCGCACACAUAUACUUAGAACAACCAUUCUUUAACCGAAUUCAAGAAAUAAGAGUUUCUUAGUUUGUCCGCGAUUAUCUCGGCAAUAACUGAACCGAUUUUGAUGCGGUUUUCAGUAAAGUGUUUGUUACACGUAAGAGCUGGAUUUCUUAAACGUACUUUAUUUAAAAGUUUUUAUUUAUAAAGUUACGAACAAUAUAAGAUUUGCAUCCACACCAAACAAAAUGAAUAAAAUAUCCUAAUGACAUAGAUUUAAUGUAAAAAAUUUAGCGUAUAAACAGUUUCUAUGAAAUUUUGCUGUAAUAUCAUUAUGCAAAUAAGUUGAUUCUUAACUGCAAAAUAAACAUCGAAACCAUGUAUGGUGUCCUUAAACUAGUCUUUGUCAAAGAUUUUAUAUUUUCAAGAAAAGUGCAUACUCCUUUUUAAAAGGCCGGCAGCGCACCUGUGACUCCUCUGGUGUUGCGGGUGUACAGGGCAGCGCUGAUCGCUUACCAUCAGGUGAAACGUUUGCUCGUUUGCCACCUAUUCCAUAAAAAAAAGUUUUGUAUAAACUUUUACUCGCUGUUUUGCCCGCUUUGCAGGAGUUUGAGGCUACAGUCGUGAUAUCGGGAUAAAAAUUAGCCUAUGUUGUUGUUCCAGACCAAAAAUCUGUCUACAUGAUUCUUCCUUUUCAUCAUCAGCAUUUAUUGAACAUGGGCCUUUAAUGGGCUCGAUCUUCAAUUCCUAUGCUUUAUCUAUAAUUAUGUAAAUCAUAUGUAAAAAGCCGUAUUACAUAGAACUCAUAACAUAAAUGGCAAAAAGAUUAAAAAACUUGAAGUAAUGUGGUCGUGGUGACUCGCUUUCCAUGCAGCGAGGGUUUGAAAUCUACCAAUGGCAAGUACCGACGUGAUGUUUUCCGAGUUAUAUGUACUUUCUAAGAUAAAUUAUUUUAGACACCACUGACAAACGGUGAAAGAAAACAUCGUGAGGAAACCUGAACUUAUAAUUUUUAAUUAUAAGGCUGAAAUCGUCAACCCGCAUUAGGCAAGCGUGGUGAUUAAUGCUCAAACCUACGUGCGAAAAGAGGCAUUUGGUCAGCAGUGACCACUUAACUAUAGGCUGUUGAUGUGAAGUGACGAUCAUUUUAUCAGAUUAGCUCAAAGUAUUUACAAAAUAUUAAAUCUUUGACGAAAAUUAGGCUAAGAACACAACAUUGAGAAAAUUAACAAAUUCCUCUAUGAAAGAUCAAAAUUUUGGUUUCGAUUCAAAUAUUUAAAAAUGCAUGUAAAAAGCGAGUGUUUUUACCCUCUGUUCGUAACAAAUUAUAUUAGUACGUCGACUUAGAAAUGCAAACAAUUUCCGAUCAUAUAAAUUUAUAUGACUUGAAGUUUAUUUUACAUAGAGUAUGUAUUAAACUGUUUGUAAUAACAUUAAAAUAUUAAUUUACAGUUUGUUUUAGUAUUUGAUAUGGCAUAAACUCACCCCCUAUUACAUGGGACUCAUAACUUGUGAAAUGUGGGUGUUAUGCGUGUGGUGUGCGCACAGGUAGGUAGAGACCUACCCAACAUAUAUAUAGGGUGACUGAUAAUUAGUGAACGAUAUUCAAACACGUGAUUGUACUCAUUAUUACAAACAACUUUCCCAAAGAAACUUUUCUGUAUACUCAUUAGUUUUAUUUUUAUUACAAUAAAAAAAACAGCAAAAUUUUAUUAGCAUGCGCGAGUAAGUUUCAAAAUACCUAGUCUUCCGAUAACGCGGACGCGGGCGCCUCGCUGCUAACAGCUGAUCAUGGGAAAGAACGCGCGCGUGAAAUUCAGUUGUUUUGUUGUUGUGAUAAUAAUGAAACUAAUGAAAUUUCUUUGGAAAAGUUGUCCAAACAUGUGUUCCUUCGCCAAUUACAAGUCACCCUAUAUCCCAUACCCAACGUAUAAAUAAUCAAAAUUAAAUAAACUGUCUAUCGAUAUUUUAAUGUUAUUCAUUAUAUGGUUGUAAUAGGAAUUCAGGUUACAAGAAUGUACCACAAAAAUAUUGACUAUAAAAAUAUAAUUGUCACAAAUUGAUAACCGAUUUCAAUCCAAAAGUCUUUGGAUUCAAGUCGAUUUUUGAUAUUCAAUGAAGUUUCUGGCAUUUGCAUAAGUUCGUAUAUUAUUUUAUUUUGACAGUAAAUCUCAUAGAUGUGAACAGCUCCACAUUAUUGGUUAAUUAAAGUACAGUUUUUAUUGUAUUAGAAUUUUAGCUAGCGAUAAAUACUAGUUGUAAUUAUUCACAUUGUAAAUACUUACAAUAAACAUACCUACUUAUACUACCUAUGAAA